AUGCCGUGCCUUGCGGUGCCUCUGCCUUUCCCAGAGGCUCGCCACAAGACCCGGUACAUCAGAGGAGCUACCCAACACCGACACCAGGUGCCUCCCCCAGAGCUCCUCCAGAUCCACGCAGAUUUGAUGGCAAGGCUCUGCUACAUGCACCCUAGCUUGAGUAUUGAAGACAGGGACGUGAACAAGGCCGUCAUGAUGUCCAUGAUCCACGACCUCGACCAGGUCAUAGCCAACAAAAAGGACUGGGGAGAGAGAGAGAUCAUCGCCUACCUCGAAACCCGUCUCAAAUCUACGAAUCCCGCGUUGGCCCAAGCCCUCUUCAAUCUUUGGAAAGAGUAUGGUGCCAACGAGACAUGCCUUGCCAAGUUUUCCCGCGAGAUUGCAGACCUCGCACGCUUCCACCGAGCCUUCACGCACGAGAAGAGAGCCCAAAGGAUCUUCCCCUUCCCCUACAUCGAGCGGCUUCGCCUCGCCAUCGACAGCGAAUGGUUUCAAGUGAUGGCCGACUCCAUCCUCAAAGCCCGGAUUGUCGUCAAGGAAAUCCACAACUCAGGGCCCAUCUUCUUCGUCUUUGGCGGCCCAGGUUCCGGGAAAACCUUUGUUUGCGAGCAGAUGGCGGCGGCCCACGGCUUUAAACAUAUCUCACUGGCUGCGCUAAUUGAGGAGGAGGCCCACAGCCCCAGCUCAGCCCACCGUAGCUUCAUCAACACCUCUCGCAGCCAGGGUUCCUCGAUGCCGAUGUCCUUCUCCAUCAGCCUACUCAAACACAAGAUCCGUCGGAUGUAUGGCCCAGGUAUUCUCAUCGACGGGUUUCCCGAGACCCUUGGCGAGUUGCGAGAAUUCGAGCAACAGGUCUGA